AUGGCCCAGAAACGGCCCUUCAACGAAGGCAAAAGACACUUCAAGAAGAGCAAGAAGCAGAAGACCUCGACCGCGACUGAAGGCUCAAAUGAGGAGGUUCUUCUGGCCGAUAUUCGAAGUCUCCUGAAAGAUGUCAAGCUAUCCGACACUGAGGCAGUGACGGGCGAAGAGGUGGCCAAACAACUGCCUGAGAUACAUGCCGAAGUAGACGUGACUAUCUCGGAGCUGUCGUCUACGGGAGACGGACUGGCUCUGGAGGAUGGCCAAGUAUACGUUAUUCCAUUUGCUACUCCUGGCGAUGUUGUCACUGCUCGAGUCUACAAGCAUUUCGAAGAAGAAUCUUACUCUCUUGCCGACUUCGUCAAGGUUGUGAAAGCUGGAGAGCACAGGACAGAAAAGCCCAAGUGCCAAUACUUCACGAAAUGCUCAGGCUGCCAAUUCCAGCACAUGCCUUACUCAUAUCAGCUUGUUCACAAGCGAUCGAUCGUAGAGAAAGCCUACCGCAACUUCUCAAAUCUACCUGCCUCCGCAGUGCCUACAGUCGGUGACACCAUCGGAUCGCCUUUACAGUAUGGAUACCGCACGAAGUUGACACCACAUUUCGACGGCCCGCCGGGAGGAAGAAGAGACAAGAGACAUGGGAUCAAGGUGACUUGGCCAGAGGUACCACCUAUAGGGUUUAUGUUGAAGGGCACGAGGAAGACGAUGGACAUUGAAGACUGUCCAAUCGGAACAGAUGCUGUCAGGAUUGGGAUGAAGAAGGAGAGGAAGAGGGUUUCAGACAAUAUCGACUCGUAUCAAAAAGGAGCCACACUUCUGCUGAGAGAAAACACGGAACGCAUUGAAAAAGUUGCAGGCAUGAUUGAAGAAGACAAGGAGACCGAGUCGAAGGACGAAGUGAUUGAGGAUCGUGGCAGCUUCGUCCACCGCAAGACUUGCAUAACCGAUCACAAGGCUGUGUCGACAGAGUACGUCGACGACUAUAGACUGGACAACCCGGCUGGCGCAUUCUUCCAGAACAACAACUCUGUCCUCCCUGUUGUGACACAGUACAUCCGGGACCACAUUCUGGAAGACUCGCUUCAAUCAAAAGAAGUGGCAAAUGGAUCUUCUGGAUCAAGUCCCAAGAUCAAGAACAUGAUCGAUGCAUACUGCGGAUCUGGCUUCUUCACCAUCACCCUCUCAAGCAUGUUCAGCAACAGCAUAGGGAUCGAUAUAUCUGGACAAUCAAUCGACUUUGCCAGCAAGAACGCCGAACUGAAUAAUUUGCCAAAGGAAGGCACACACUUCAUCGCUGCUGAUGCAACCCAUCUAUUUGCGUCAGUUGACACGGAGAAGUUCCCACCGGCGGAGACGGUAGUGGUGAUCGACCCACCACGAAAAGGCUGCGAUGAAGGCUUCAUUCGCCAAUUGCUGUCGUAUGGACCGGCGAGAAUAUGCUACGUCUCUUGCAAUGUGCACACUCAGGCAAGAGACGUUGGAUGGAUCGUGGGCGGAUUGCCAGGCAGUGAGAAGCUAGAAGGACAGUACGAAAUUGAGAGUCUCAGGGGAUUCGACUUCUUCCCUCAGACGAGCCAUGUGGAAGGUGUUGCGAUAUUGAGGAGGAAGGCAGAACAGGGAACCUCCAGCAAUGGAGCGUCAGUCUCUAACACCGAAUAA